AACGAGCCAGUUUACAGGUAUCGAUGGGAAAGGGUAGGGAAGAAUCGAUGAUGGGAUUAAUUAAUUUGAACGUGGCAAUGGUCCAAGCAUCCCCGAUCGAGAAUCCAAUUCGAAAACGUCGGACACGAACAGAUCAUGCGUGAAGGUGGCGAUCAGAGAGAAAAUAUGGUGAUCGUCGGUUCUCCAUAUAUGUGUGUAUGUAUUACAAAGAUUGAGCGGUGACCUGUCACCGCUUCUACGGAGUGAUGUAAAUGUAUGUGAAGAGUAAACGUCUAUUUAUAAAUGGGGUAGGAGGGGGUGAGUUUACCCCUUGUGCAUCAUCGACAACACGUUGCCGCUUAUUCAACCACCGACCCCAUGAUACAUCACCAUUGAUACCGACCACCCUUCCCAGAAAUUUUUGGAAAUUCGAACUAAACCCCUCCUCUUGGAGAGUUGAAAAUUAAUUUUAAUUAACGAUUCAUUAUUUACAGUCAUAUUUCACUGCGUUGGAAUUACUUUGUGAUCAAUGUAAUCAAUAUAAUUAGUUAUAAGAAUUGUUGAAAAAUCCAAAGAUUCAAAUUACGAAGAUCUGGCACCGGUCGUUAAAUGAAUUUAAUGAAAAUUUUCAGAAACUUGUAAAUUAUUGAAGGAAUUUUUAAGGGGGACACUGUAAUCCCUUUCGAUGUCUAUUUCCUGUAAACGAGCGUAACGAGGGACUUGGUGAUCGCUAAAUUACAAGGAUCCAGGUAAAUGAAAAUUGUACACGAUUGCCGAAGCUCCGCCUUAAUUUUAUCUGGCCGAAGCAGGGAUGUACGAAGAGGAGGUGCGCAUAAAACUGACCGGCGCUUUGGCAGGUGCUACCAGUCUCAGCUCCAACGUGGAACAAACUUGUUACGUGUUUCUCUCCGCGAUCGAGCCGCGUUCAAAUAAUUACCUUCUUCGAUAUAUAAUCCAGUUAUUCGAUCGAAUAACAAACGUCAAAAGUUCCUCCAUCCGGUAAUAGAGAAAAUCGAAAGGAGAAGUGAGUGAAAUUAUUUGAAUCCAUCGAAAACGCGCUCUUCUUAAAAAAGUGUGUCAUUCGUCAGAGAACGCAAAGAACAAAAGCCGGCAAUUAUCAUGAACAUCGAUGAGUUUCAAGUACGCGGCAAGGAGAUGAUCGAGUACAUUUGCGAGUACCUUCGUACCUUGGAAGGAAAAAGGGUUACCGCGAACGUGGAUCCAGGGUAUCUUAGGCCACUUCUCCCUAAGGAAGCUCCGGCUAAAGGGGAGUCAUGGGAUGCGAUUAUGAGGGACGUCGACUGCAAAAUAAUGCCCGGGAUCACCCACUGGCAGCAUCCACGGUUUCACGCGUAUUUCCCGGCAGGGAACUCGUUUCCCUCGAUCCUGGGGGACAUGCUGUCCGACGCAAUCGGCUGCAUAGGGUUCUCUUGGGCGGCCAGCCCGGCCUGCACGGAACUGGAAACGAUCGUUCUCGACUGGUACGCGAAAGCGUUGGACCUUCCAGCGGAGUUCCUGGCCGAGCAUAAAAGCUCGAAGGGCGGUGGAGUGAUACAAGGGUCCGCCUCCGAGUGUAUUCUGGUCACGAUGCUGGCGGCGCGUACCCAAGCGAUCAGAACGCUGAAGGAACAAGACCCGAACACCGAGGACUCGGCCUUUCUGCCACGAUUGGUAGCCUAUUGUUCGACGGAAGCUCAUUCCUGUGCAGAAAAGGCAGCGAUGAUCUGUCUGGUGAAGCUUCGGGUUCUAGAGCCGGACGAGAAGGGUUCCCUACGAGGUAAGCGUCUUGAAUCCGCGAUCAGAAAGGACGUGGCCAACGGGUUGGUACCGUUCUUCGUCACGACCACCCUCGGCACAACAGGAUCGUGCGCAUUCGACAAUCUCGUCGAAAUCGGACCGGUGUGCAAGCUUUACCCUAAUAUAUGGCUACACGUGGAUGGAGCUUACGCUGGAAGCGCCUUUAUCUGUCCGGAAAUGAGACCGUUCAUGGCUGGCAUCGAGCACGCGGACUCGUUCAACACGAACCCCAACAAGUGGCUGCUGGUUAACUUCGAUUGUUCCUGCAUGUGGGUGCGGGACCGAGUCAAGCUAACGUCAGCUUUGGUCGUUGAUCCGUUGUAUCUGCAACACGCCAGGUCUGGAGAGUCCAUCGAUUACCGUCAUUGGGGAAUCCCGUUGAGCAGAAGAUUCAGGGCACUGAAGCUAUGGUUCGUCUUAAGAUCAUACGGGAUCACUGGACUGCAGAAGUACAUAAGAAACCAUAUCAGACUGGCCAGACGUUUCGAGACACUGAUGAGAAGGGACAAGAGGUUCGAGAUCACCAACGAUGUCAGGGCAGGUCUGGUCUGUUUCAGACUGAAGGAGAGCGACGAGAUAAAUCAAGAAUUGCUUGCGAAUAUCAAUGCUUCCGGUAGACUUCACAUGAUACCUGCCAGGGUGAUGGGCAAGUACAUCCUCAGAUUCUGUGUGGUCAAAGAAAAUGCCACUGACGAUGACAUCGAUUACGCGGUGGACGUGAUCGAGGAACACGCUACGGAGGUGAUGCUGGCUCAUUACGAGGGCACCGAGGACGAGUUCAGGGCGAAGGGACCGAAGAGUCCUGCUGCUUUGGACAAGAAGCUGGUGCGGAAAUUCAGCUUCACCAGGAGCGUGACCAGGGACGUUUACAAAAGAUCCAUCUCAAAGUCGAGCCUUCACGAUGGCGCUACGCCCAUCAUGGUGGUGGAUGAUAACUCUCAGGUCGACACCAUUGAAGAAGACGUUUUCUGCAACAGCAGGUCGUGACGAUCCCGUUGAUGAUACCCGGAUGAUUCGUGAUUUAUGCAAUCGGCCGUUGUUCUUGUGUUUGGAAUGUCGCAGCCACGCGAAUAUAAGUGACGGUUUUUAUAGGGAAUAUUUUAUUUAAAUACAGAUUGAGAACUUUGUUGAACGUCUUUGAUGUAGGACAUUACUUUGCGGCGAGGCAGACAGAAGUCUUGAAGAUGUUCGACGAUGAACUUCUUCGGGAAGUUGGCAAAUCGUUUGGGAGUUUGCCUUUACACGCACGAUUGUUAUGCAACGUAAGUUCAACAUGGAAUUUAUUUUCUUAUUUAUUCCGCAAUCAAUCAAAGCAAGAGAUUAUAACGUGCUGACGAAUACGAUCGUCCCGCUUAUGUUAGAAGUUGUAUGAAAUUUUAUAUACAUACACUAUAAUCGAAGAAACAACACAGUGAAUGCAUAAGAUUCAUUGAUUUUCAGAGAUGCUUCUUACUGUAAUUUCGUAUCGGAUUUUGGGAUUACGAGGAAACUAAUUAUACGUAGAGUAAAUGUAUAAACAAUUUAUCGAUCCGUGUAACAAUUCAGAGAAUAUUAAAAAUGAAUAUGUAGCUAUACAAAAAUAAGACUUCACUAUUAAGUACAUCGAUUACAUCUUAGGAUAUUGAAUUAUUUAAUUGAACGAACUGUGUACGAAUAGAUGAUACGUUUUCGAUUAGAGUACCGCAAGUAGAUACGAAGUAAAAGACCUAAAAUUCAUGGGUGGAAUUCUUUUUUUUUCCUUGAUCGACACCAAUCGUAGAAAUAUAUCACACGUAUUUAUUUACCAUGAAUGUUUCAUUUCCGAGAAGAUAGAUACAAAACGCGUUUGAAUUUCUAUCCAACACGAUACAAUAUAAAUUGUACAGUAAAUAUUUAUUUCAUAUGUAAAUUUAACGUAAUAAAAUUGAAGUUCGUGAAGCGAUAAUUACUUUCAUUUUCAUUUCAAGCUAUCAACUAGCUAAUUAAACAGAAAUUAAAUAGUAACAGGCAGGUCCCGAUAGGCAAUUUCUAAUAAUGAGAAAUUAUAAAAUGCCCAGGGGCAAUGUAGGAUAUAAUAGACAGCCUUAGGGUAAAGAAGUAAUCAGAAGCAUAAUUAGUUACAGAUUUAAUACAUAAUUAUGCUUCAUUGACUCAGAAUAUUUUGCUAUUUUUUUUUAUACAAAAGUAAGAAAAGGUGUUUG